AGGUUCUGUGAGGCGUUCACCGAGGCUCGUGUAGCUGGGUUGGUUUCUUUCUGAACCCUUUCAGGUUGAAGCGGUCAGUCAGAACCAGAACCAGGAGGUUCUCCAUUGUUGAAGGACGCUGCACCAGCUGCUGCUGCUCACGGCCCGCCCAGGGAACGCAGCGGAUAAUACCUGGGGUAGAACCAGACCGAACCGGGCCGGACGUUAACCGGCCAGGGACUGGUCAGUGGAAAAGCGCCUCAUGUCCAACAGCUGAAGUCACCAACCAGUACGAAGAACCAACUCCCUCCACCAGAUGGCGCUGCUUCACUGCUCUGCAUGAUUCACUCAUUCUUAACGGGCUGAUCUCUUAUGAUCUAUUAUGAGGUUUAUCGGCAUGUAUUUAUCUGAGCACCCAUAAUCUGAUGCUACAGUAGAACCGGUAUAAGAAUAUAUAAAAAUUUAAUAUUUAUCAGAAUCCUUCAGAAAAUCAAGGGGAACAUAGAAAUAAAGCGUCAUAAUAAUCUUUAAUAAUACAGAUCUUUAAUUGUAAUAAUCUACCACUAAUAACAAUAGCAAUGGGGCAGAUGCAUAACAUCAGAUUUUGUGAAAAAUAUAUUUGAGUAUCUUUUUAAUCAACAGCUAAAAUAAAAGAUUUAUGCAAAGCCUGCAAACUGAAUUUAAUUCUACUUGAAUCAUAAUUUAAUCUCAGCUUCAUCCUGACUCAUCCAUAUUCUAAGGCAUCAGGAAUCUGAACAAAAACCUCCAAAGCUCCAGACCCUCCGAGGCGCCGCGGCCCGCUCAAGCUCCGCCUGCGGGCCGUGAGGGGCGGAGCUUCUCCUCCGCCUCGGUCUGCAGCUCGCUGCGGCCCAGAAGCGGUCCGCUUCAGGUCCAGUUCACACAGAACCUUCUCCUCUUGUCCAUCUGCGGUCAUGUCCAAGUCAGACCGGGUCGUGUUGGUUCUGGGAGGAGCGGGGACGGUGGGCUCUGGUAUAGUCAAAGCCCUGCUGGAUAAAGGGUUUAAGGCGGCGGUGAUCUCCAGAGACGGCGGCCGACUGGAGAAACUCCGGGCCUUCGUCUCUCCCAGCAGCAAGGACAACCUCAUCGCUGUAGUGGGGAACGUGGGCUCAGAGGACGGAGCGCAGCAGGCGAAGCAGCAGCUGCUGCAGCAGGUGGGGAAGGUGACGGACGUGGUUUCUGCCCUGGGCUUCAGCUGGUGGCAGGGCGGCCCGCCACACACCCAGACCCUCCAGGACCUGCACUGGGUUUUGGACGCGCUGCUGUUCAGCACCUUCGUCUCCUGGAAGACGUUUUUCCCCCUGGUGAGGGACGAUCCGUCCUGCAGCUACACCUUCAUCACAGGGGGAGCCGGAGAGCAGCUGCUGAUGCCGGGGACCGGCUUCCUGACGGUCGGCGCCGCCAGCGCGCUGGCCUUCUGCCAGGUGCUGCGAGAGGAAUACCCGCAGGUAGACUGCAGGCUGUGCCAGUUCUUCCAGCCUCCUCUUCCUCUCCAACAGGUGAAGAUCAACACAGGUGUGGCGACUCCGGAGCGCCUGGCGCCCGGCUACCUGAACCAUUUGGACUUGGGCGUUGCCGUGGCAACCUUGGUGGAGCGAGGAAGCUCCUCCCACCGCGUUUUCACCGUCAGCAGCCCUGCGGACCUGCAUACCCAGCUGCUGGACGGGAACCUAUAAAACCCAACAGAACCUGUUCUGGUUCCGUCCAGAUUCAGGCUAAAAGAAUUCCUGUAAACAGAACCGAAAAUUUUCUGUCCAAAACAUUAAAACAUGUUGAAAAGAAAAA